AGACGUAUCACGAGCUCCGGAACAGAUCCGCACAACAGGUCCGGAACAGAGUCCACUUGCACAACGGGACGGAUCCGGAACAGCUAAAAAUCACGGAUUCAAACCGGAUCCGGACUGAUCCCCCCGGCUCCCGACCAACGCCUGUGACCCGACCACGAUUUUGGAACAUCCCUUUCGCACUGUCUGCUCCCGGCUUGUUAAAUAAACAAGUUUGCUUCCGCAUUCCGGGGUCUGCCUCCUCCGUUAUAGCCUGUCAUUACAGGAACCACUCAAUGAGAUAUAAGCAAAGGAAGAAUGCUGACAAGUAUGAGAUCACAGAGCAGUACCAGCCUCUGCCAGCAUGGCAAAGUGAGAAGGGUUACAUAAAAAAAUCGCCUCUGGUGCAUGCCAUUCCAGCUGUUUUUGGAAAUGAUGUUGAUUCUGGAGAGCUUCGAGAAGAUAUUCUGGAAAUCAAUCUUGAAUCGGAAAGAGCAUUGUUUGAAGGGGAUAUUGCAGGUGAUCCAAAAAGAAAUGCACUUCUGGAUGAGACAUCAAGGUGGAAGUUUCCGAUUCCCUACAUUUUAACAGACUCUUUGGAUUUGAAUGCAAAAGGUGUGAUUCUUCAAGCAUUUGAGACGUAUCGCCUGAAAUCCUGUGUGGACUUCAAGCCCUACAAUGGAGAGGAGACCUACCUUUCCUUCACCAAGCUGGAUGGAUGUUGGUCAUUUGUGGGGGACUUACAUGAGGGCCAGAAUGUCUCAAUUGGUGACAGAUGUGACACCAGGGCAAUUGUUGAACAUGAGCUUCUUCAUGCCCUGGGGUUUUACCAUGAACAGUCGAGGUCUGAUCGGGAUGACUACGUGAAAAUCUGGUGGGACCAAAUCAUACCUGGGAAGGAACACAACUUUAACAAGUAUGCAGAUGACGUCAUCACUGACCUGAACACGCCAUAUGAUUAUGAGUCAAUAAUGCAUUACAGGCCACUGUCCUUCAACAAGAAUGCCACUGUGCCUACCAUCACUACUACCAUCCAGGCAUUCAGUGACAUAAUUGGACAACGCCUAGACUUCAGUGCCAUCGACCUGGUCAAACUGAAUCGCAUGUACAACUGCACUGAUACAUAUACCUUGCUGGACCAGUGUUCAUUUGAACUGAUAAACAUCUGUGGCAUGAUCCAGAAUGAGCAAGAUGAUGCAGACUGGGUUCAAACUCUAAGCAGCCCAGGGACAGAAGACCAAACCCUUGUGGGUCAGUGUAAAGACGCUGGCUAUUUCAUGUACUUUGACACCUCUGAAGCAGAAGUGGGAAAGAGCGCUAUGCUGGAAUCUCGUAUCCUCUACCCCAAAAGAAACCAACAGUGCCUUCAGUUCUUUUACAAGAUGACAGGAACCACUGCUGAUAAUCUGGUCAUCUGGAUGAAAACAGACGAUGGGACUGGAAAUGUCCGUAAAAUGAAAAAAGUCUAUACCAUCCAAGGUGGUAGCAGUGAAACAUGGAAAAUUGCUCAUGUGACCUUGAAUGGAAAAGACAAAUUCCGCUACAUCUUCCAGGGCAUAGUGGGAUCAAACAAGAUGGAUGGUGGAAUUUACAUUGAUGACAUCUCCCUCACUGAAACCCCGUGUCCCAGUACCACCUGGCAGCUAAGCAACUUCACACACAUUCUCCAAACCAGUCCUACUGGACACAACAUCACAAGUGAACGGUUUUAUAGUGCAGAGGGCUAUGCCUAUGGGGUUCGUGUCUACCCUAAUGGCAAGGACAGCUCCACGCAGGGCUACCUAGGUGUAUACUUCCAUCUUUGCAGUGGGGAAAAUGAUGGGGUGCUGGAGUGGCCUGCACAGAACAGGCAGGUCACCGUCACUGCUAUGGACCAAGACCCUGAUGUGAAACUAAGAAUGUCUUCCAGCAGGAGCUUUACAAGCGAUAACACGUGGGUCAAACCAAUCACUAACGGAGAGUGGGAUGACUCCUGUGAGUGCUUCAGAAGUCAGGAAUUUGGAUGGAGCACCUUCAUCUCACAUCAGCAGCUACUGAGGAGAAAUUUCCUUAAAAACAACAACCUUAUACUGUCCAUUGACUUUAAUGAUUUGACAAAAUUGAUUAGGUCUGAAGUCCAGGUCAGUCUGAAAUCUACUGAGACAGUGAAGGAGAUCCAGGAAGGACCCGGCAUAUCUGACAGAAGCUUUGCUGAAACGCCCAAACUCCGUGUGGCCAGGUCGGCUUCGGGCAGCCCUUGUCAGCCUAAUCCCUGUCGCAAUGGAGGAGCUUGUGUAGACAGACAUGGGAAAGCAGUCUGCAGGUGUGCGUCUGGAAAGGCCAUUUUCUACACUGGCAUGAGCUGUGAGACACAGCGGAUAAGUGGAGGUAUGGCAGGCGUUCUGAUUGGUGGAGUGGCAGGCGCUCUUGUUUUUGCUGUAAUUAUAACAGUAAUUACGAGACGCCAAGCACAUAAACCUGGACUCUAAGCUAACAUAUGCCCAAAGUCUAGCAACAGUUAGAAAUGUCUAUUUCAUGUUGAGGUUGUAUAGGUUUAUUACUAGGCUUCUGACACUAAGGUCGAACAUACCUUCAUUUAUUUCUUUUUAUGUCCAAACAAUUUAUCGUCAGGUUCCCAUGGUUUGUAACAGAAAACACAUUGUUUACAAACUGCAUAAGUCUCAAAAAUUGUACAUUUGGUAUUUUUAUUUGCUUUACUUUCCUACCAUUUUUGCUAUUACAAAUAUAUUAAUCUAAAUAUUUCAUGGUUUUCACCAGUUUGCACUUCAUAGAAAUACCCUCAUAAUUUCAUUUGAUUUUAUUCCCUAAUAUUCAUGUAUUCAGAUAUUAUUUCCCUUCUAAGCAUAUUUGGAUAGUACAGUACAUAAGAGUUCUGACAAAAUGGGCUAUAUCAUGCAUCAUUGUAUAAUUCUAUGGAUAAUUUCUUUGUCAAAAAAUAUAUAAUUGAUUUUUGCCUUCAUAACAUGUAAUAAAAAAACUUUUUAUAAAUGGUAA